UGCCGUGCUGUCUGUCUCCAUUAAUAAAAUUUUCCCCUCCUCGCCUCUUCCUUCCUCGAGCGGUAGCCUCCUCCCCGCGCCGCGCCUCUCCUCCGCCUGCUACGACCGCUGCGAGGCCGAGAGCUAGGGCUUGGUUCCCCCGCCGGAUCGAGCGCGGGGGCUCGGGGGUUCGGGCUCCGCGGCGGGAGGUCUCGGUUAGGCUCGGGCGGUCGGUCAGGCACCGGUUCGAUCCGAUUUGGUUGAUUUGUAAUCUUUUCGUUAGUCACUGUCUGUUGGUUAGAGAUCCUUAGAAGCAUUGCCAAAUUGCUUUCUGAGUUUCUGUCUACCCUUUCAAGAGAGUGGACAACGGGAGUCGAUAUGCCUCAUGCACUUCCUGUAGUAUGCGUGUAGAAGUCAGCUUCCAGGGUUAAUCAGGAGCAUGUAAUGCCAUAGGAUAGUCGUUUAAUAAUAUAGAAGGCCAAGUCAUGAGUGGCUUCUCAUGAGCUUCCAGGAGUGAUGGUUUGUUGCCAUAAGUUUUUUUCUUAACAUGUAGCAUUUCCCGAUGUUAUUCAUGUACUGGAUUUACCCUUAGAAGACAGAGAUGCCAAAGUCUGACCAUCAUGAGCAGAAUCUUACUUCGCCAAGAGGGCUAAUCCAUAAAUUGCUUCGUCGUACAAGUAGCAGGCGUUCUCCCACUGCAGCAGAGCAGCAACCUUCUCCUGUAUUUCCAGAAACAAUCAACUCAAUAUUCUUAAAAAUAAAGGAUGCUGAUGAUGCCAUCAAGGAUCCAGAAAAGGCGAACACACAUGGUAUCAGAAUUGAAGAUGAGAAGUCUGAUUUGUUAAGAUACGAGAUUUAUUCUGGGAAGCUUACAUUAGAUAACAAAGCUAGAAGUGCUUUGAGUGAGCAGUCUGGAUCAGGGUCCAGUAGCAAUUGCUUUGAUGCUAGACUCAGCACUGAAGCCCUUGUAUGGGGCUCUAACAUCCUUAAGCUUGAGGACAUUAUAUCUGUAUCAUAUAAUUCUGGUCUGCGGCAUUUCACCGUGCACGCAUGUCCUUUUGAAAAAAGAUCCAGUGGACUUUCCUGCUUUAUGAAGCCUAGAAGAACCCAAAAGGACUUGCGGUUCCUUUCCACUUCUCCACAUGAGGCCUUCCGGUGGGUUAAUAGUUUUGCAGAUCAGCAGUGCUAUGUAAAUCUGUUGCCUCACCCCAUGGCGUCUAGCAAGAAGCAUUCUUCUGAACUCAUCCCAUUUGAUGCCAUGUUUGAUCCUUAUGUUAAAUGUCGGUCUCCACCAAAGAUACUUGUCAUCUUGAAUCCUCGAUCUGGACAUGGUAGAUCUAGCAAAGUUUUCCACGGAAAAGUGGAACCCAUAUUUAAGCUUGCAGGUUUCAAGAUGGAAGUAGUUAAAACUACACAUGCUGGUCAUGCAAAAUCUUUUGUAUCGACUAUUGAUUUUAGUACCUGUCCAGAAGGUAUUGUGUGUGUCGGUGGUGAUGGAAUUGUAAAUGAGGUUCUCAAUGGUCUUCUGUCCAGAGAUGAUCAAAAUGUGGCAGUCUCCAUUCCAAUUGGUAUAAUACCUGCUGGGUCUGAUAAUUCACUUGUCUGGACAGUCUUGGGUGUUAAGGAUCCAAUUUCUGCGGCAUUGUCAAUAGUCAGGGGAGGUCUUACACCUAUUGAUGUUUUUGCUGUUGAAUGGAUUCAAAGUGGGACUAUCCAUUUUGGCACGACCGUCUCAUAUUUUGGAUUUAUUAGCGAUGAAGUGACGUUCCAUGUAUCUCUUGCAGUUCUUGAACUCUCAGAGAAAUAUCAGAAGCGUUUUGGUCCUCUCCGUUACUUCGUAGCUGGUUUUCUCAAAUUCCUGUGUUUGCCAAAGUACAGUUUUGAAUUGGAGUAUCUUCCAGUAUCAGAUGUUGAUGGUGCUGAACAUAAAAUUGUGGAAGAACAAGAAAAGGUUGAUGCAUCAGACCUAUAUGAUGAUGUGGUUCAGAGGUCAAGAGCAGAAUGUUUACCACGUGCCUCAAGUUUAUCUAGCAUUGAUUCAAUCAUGUCUACAGGCAUAAUGUCUGGGGGAGAGCUGGAGGUUUGUAGUCCACAUGCAAAUAACGAACCCUCUGAGCUUGUUCGUGCGCUUGACCCGAAAUCAAAACGCCUAUCACUAGGGAGAUCAAGUACUUUGAAAGAACCAGAAGAAGUGCUCCAUCCUCAGGCCCAUGUUUCAUCUACUCCCAACUGUAGAAGAUCCAAAUCGAAGUCAAGGACAGAAAAGGCAUGGCCAGGCUUGACUGCUACAGACGAUACAAAAUCUUCUAGGGGUAACACGACACAUGACAUAGAGGACACAUCAUCCACAGUUUCAGAUCCUGGACCUGUGUGGGAUUCGGGACCAAAGUGGGACAUGGAGCCUAAAUGGGAUAAUCAACUUAACUGGGAACCUGAGACUCCAAUUGAGCUACAUAGUCCUUCAGAGGACAUUGAGCUUGGUCUGACUAAGGAACUAGUACCAAGCUUAGAUGAAAGAUGGGUAGUCAGGAAAGGGCGCUAUCUUGGUGUACUGGUAUGCAACCAUUCAUGCAAGACUGUGCAGAGUUUGAGCUCUCAGGUUGUUGCUCCCAAGGCCGAAUAUGAUGACAAUUGUUUGGACCUGCUGUUGGUUGGUGGAAGUGGAAGACUGAGAUUACUGAGAUUUUUGGUGCUUUUACAGUUUGGAAAGCACAUAUCUCUUCCACAUGUAGAAUAUGUAAAGGUAAAAUCUGUGAGGCUCAAGGCUGGCCCGAAUACACAUGAUGGAUGCGGUAUUGAUGGCGAACUACUCCAUGUCAAGGGGCAAGUUCGUUGUAGUUUGUUGCCUCAGCAAUGUCGAUUGAUCGGCCGGCCUGCCAAAAAUCAUCCUGUACAAUAGCUGUAAAUACAUUAUUAUGCAGCUCGGAGGUCUGCCCAGAAUCUUUCACCUGUACGAGCGGCAAACUGUGGGAUUUUGUCGCAUCCACACAUCCAUAAUUAUUUUCAGAAACCACAACAGCCUUGCUGACACUCAGCACCAGAGAUGUACAAUUGUACUUGAUGAGUAGAAGUGCUGUGUGGGUGAUAUUUAUCCAGAUGUAAAGUCUAUCUCUACAGCAACCUGUUGUGCACCUCCUGGUUUCACCUUUUCUUUUGUCUGAUAUCUAAUACAUGUACUAUAGAGCCAUCCUGUUCAGCGUACUUGGGUUCAGAACAUGAUGCCCACCCCCAGUUUGUGGGGUUCUUUGGAGGUCCCUGAUGCCGGCCAUUUGAUGCUCAUUACCCUCAUUAAAGGGACAACACCCCAGUGCUAUGUCUUGAUCAACUUGUAUUGUCUACAGAGUGUUAAUAAGACAAAAGAAAAGGAUGUGUAGGGUUUCAACAACAACAAAAAAGGGAUGGGGCGAUAUUUGUGGCGCUCCUGCCCCUUUUUUCAGAGUAACAUUUGUUCUUUGUGAUGUAUGAGUUGUAAUUUGUAAACGUUUUUCUGCCAUACAAGUUCGAAGUUUUGAGAUA